AUGAGUGAAAGAGGCUCGGAAAUUGUUUUUCGCGCGGAGAACAUCCCGGUCCGGUUCUUCAAAGCAUGUCGGUGGUGUCGCCGGCAGAAGAUGCGGUGCGAUGCACGCAACCAGGUCCCAUGCUUCCGCUGUCGCUCAACGGGCCGUGACUGUAUCCUGGACCCUAUAGAAGAUAACAGGCGACGUAAUGAACGUCGGAGGAAAACUACCACUCCCGCACGUGGCUCGGCGGUGACUUCUCCACUGGACCAGCGUAGUGGGUUUCAUACUCCUGCUUCAAGGGACCAGGAUUAUUCACCUGUUGCUGGUCAGGAUACUUCCUUCGAUACCUCGAUUGACUCAUUUCCGGAGUCAUCGCUAGGGAGAGUGCGAAGGUCUCAGACUGCUGAUCAUCAUGGACAUGGACAUGAAUCGCAACAGUUAAGUCCUAAUGACAUGAUUGCGCCGGUGUCAGCGGUGCAUUCCAUGUCUGUCAAUCUACUUGGGACUGAUGAGAUCUUCAUGGAACAUUCAAGCAAUGGAGACCCUAGAGGAGAUAUUGUUGUUCGAGGUAUUGUCAGCGAAGAACAGGCCAGAGUCAUGUAUGAGAGAUUCACCGGCGGAAGCAAGAACUUUUUACCUGUUUUUGACCCCAUCAGAGAUACAUUUGACUCUAUACGGUCACGUUCACUAUUCUGUUUCACAGUGAUAAUCUACCUGGCCAGCAGGGCUGUGCGAGUACUACAAGACGAAGCGCAGAGACUCGCUGAAGACAGCUUCUUUGAACGCCCAACGAAGCUCGAAACGGUGCAAGGCAUGAUCCUACUCGCCGCAUACUCAGAGAAAACCUGGUUUUCGACCGCCCUCAUUCUGCGUACAGCCUUGGAUUCCGGCUUAGAAAAGUCACUUGACAAAUUGCUGUCUCAAGAGAAUCUGCCGAGAAGCUCACUCUCUGCAUCCAUGGCUGACCGCCAGUUGGUAUGGCAAGUGCGGACCUGGCUCAUCAGUUUCACGUUGGAGCUGGAUGUAGCUUCUGGUACCGGUCGCAAGUCCCGCAUAGGUGAAGUGGAUAUUAUGAAGCUACGCAAAUUUCUCGAUUAUCCGCUUUCGCUCCCAUGUGAUAUGCGGACUGUCUGCAUUAUUGAGCUUCAUCAACUUCGAGGUCACUCCCGUAUAAUUCUCGAUAGCGCGGGGACAGUCCAAGAUAUAGUCUCAACAGAGCUUCCUGCGAUCAUGACAAGGCUACAGAACUGGUGGGCGACAUGGGAUGAGAUUCACUGUAAUAAUGGGUUUCAUUCAGGUGCAUUCCAGCGUAGCAGUCUCAAGCUGAUGGUCACCUACGCCAGAAUAUUCGUCCUAUGUGCCUCUUUGGCGCGCAUCCAAAAAUUACAGCCUGCGAAUUCUGAGUCUGAGAUUACUGACCAAAAUGUAUUGAACCUGUGGCAAUCCCUCGUUACGACUAUCAUGGACCAAUUGGCAUUCUUGAUCAACUGGCCGUCUUACCGAUGUCAGCUUCCGUGGGCUCCAACCUAUCCAGCUCUAACAAUUGCCUUUGUCACUACAUUCGCACUUCGGAUCGCACGUUGGCGACCAAACUGGAUUGAUCAGGACCUGCUCCUAGACAGGGCGGAAAAGAUCUGCGAUUUUCUGAAGCAGCCACCAUACCCAGACAUCCACCGCACUGUUUCCAUCUUUGUCAAUUAUGCCCGGGCAUUGAUUGCCAGCCAACGUCCACAAAGCAAUGACAGCACAGAGGGCCCCAAUGUAUCCGAGCAGGGUGAUGGGCAUGUUCCCUCGUACAGAGGCCCAGACAGUCCCAUGCAGAAUGCCCCGCCUUUGGGACCUCUCGACGAUCAUCGGUACAGACCCGGCACGGCUCUCCCGAGUGAUAAGGACCCAAGCAUGGCUACCAUACCUGGUAGUGAUGCAGCUGCGACAACCAGACCGCCUCUUCCCAGACUGCCUGACACGAUGGAAGCCCCGAACUGGACCAUGUCGAAUUCCAUCGCAGACUCCUUCGGGCUGUUCGAGGAAGGACAGAACGAUAUCUUUGAUUUCUUGCCGAUGAUGCCCUCCUUGCCCUGA